CAGUAUGCUUAUGAAUGUAGAAUGAAUGACAAAGGUGGAAGAAGCAUGCUCUCUUUCAGGCAGUAAUGAAUGAAGACUGUUUACGGAUUUCGAGAGAUGUUACAGCAAAACGAUACUAUGCAUGAGACGACCAUGACUCAGAUCAGCGUGGCGGCCACCAACUGCAACCUGACCUACUUUGAUGACCGCGUGCCCCUGGUCGUGCUUUACAGUGUGGUACUGAUUAUCGGGCUGCCCGCCAAUAUCGUUACUGUCUACCUGACCUUCCUCCAGGUGCGCCGCAAAAACGUCCUGGGCAUCUAUCUGUUGAGCCUGUCCGUGUGCGACCUCAUCUACCUCUGCACCCUGCCCAUGUGGGCCGACUACGCGAACAUGGGCCACCAGUGGCGCUGGAGCUCCAUGGCUUGCAAGGUGACGGGCUACUUCUUCUUCAACAACAUGUACAUCAGCAUCUUCCUGCUGUGCUGUGUCUCCAGCGACCGAUAUGUGGCCGUGGUCUACGCCGUGGAGUCGCGCGGCCUUCGCCAGCAGAGGCUGGCAGUUGCGGUUACCAUAGUAAUCGUCUUGGUGGUGUUCAUGGGCCACGUGCCAGUUUUUACCAUGAUGGAGGGCAACGUGGUAGAGAAGAAAUGCUUCGAGCCGGGCCAGAGCACACUCACAGUGACGGGUUUCAACUACGCACGCUUCAUCAUUGGCUUCUUGGCCCCGCUGGUCGUGCUGGUGGUCACCAACCGUGCCAUCCUGGCCAGCGUGCAGGCCAGCACGGGGCUGCAGCCGUGCCAGAAGGAGCGGGUGCGCUACUUGGCGAUUGCCGUGGUUAUCCUCUUCCUGGUGUGCUUCGCGCCGUACCACAUCAUCCUGCUGCUACGCGCAGUCACCUUCCACAUCCCCAAGCUGCAGAAGACAUGCGACUUCGAGGAAAGAAUCUACACCCCUUACACUAUCUCUUUGGGCCUGUCCACCUUAAACAGCGCCAUCAACCCCAUCCUCUACGUGCUCUCCAGCGACAACAUUCGCAAGGAGCUGCGUCGCGGCCUGAAAUACCUCCGGGGGCGGGCCACCCUGCAGCCGCGUUCCACCGACAGUAGCCAGCACAAGAUGCACAACUCCAAGAACUCGUCAGAAGUGGCGGCCGCCAUACUGGAUGUGGCGAAGCAUGACAGAGGAAGGGUAGGGGUUUGAUAUGUGAGCCAGAGUGGAAUGCAGAUAUGACUGCUGAAGGAACUCUGGGAUGGUGACUUGCAGGUACUCUGGAAUAUUAAACAAACUCAGCAUAUAGCCAGGUGGAACCCCAAACAUAGCAAGAGCAAUGGGAGACAAUGUAUUCCAGCCAUCCCAGAAACUGACUGGAAUGUAUAUGAUUGAAAUGUGUCAAGCAGGACUUCAACCCCGCUUUAAGUUAAUUUCUGCCUAAUGUUUUGCUGUUCGUCUCCGGUUGAAGAAAUUGGGUCGUUCCUGCUAUGCGGUACCUUUUGGACCUCAUAACUUUUGUAUUCUAUAACAAGGUGGACAUGUGGAGCCUAUAUUAGUCAUAGCGCUGGGAGUGAGCAAGAUUGAGCUAGCAUAAUGGUGAACCAUUGAACAGGAUUUUAAAUUCUCUUAGCAAACAUAUUUUAACAUUUUGUAAAUGUUUUGAUUUGCUCUAAUUUAGCCUAACCGGGUGGAAAUGUAUGAGUGGGACAUGCAGACUAUGAAUAUUAUUUAGCCGUGCACCAUUGUUUUCCCACCAAAGAAAUUAUGACUCUUCCUAAAUAUGGUGUCAUUGUAGGGAGGGGUUGUUUUCUUAAGUGGAGAAUUACGACAAACUAACAGGAUGGAAAGUGAUAUCAGGGACACACAGAAAUAAAUAAAAUGAUAAUAAAUAAAGUAAUCAUGAAAAAAACGUUAUUUUAUGAGAGAAUUUAACCAGGACUAUAAAAUAAUGAAAACAUUUUUUAAAUAGUGUAUUUUAUGGCUAAUAUUUCUCAUGGAAGUUGAUGAAUAACAACUGGGGACAAAAAAUACCUACAUCUACUGAAGAAAAGUGUUGAAAAUGCAUAGAAUUCCCUUUCAAUAUCCUUAUGUUUGUGUUUUUAAGGUAAAGGACACCUGACUUUAUAUUUAAAGCCUUUUAGAAUCCACAUUUUACACUGAAUAAGAAGUAAUAUACUGAAUCCUGGGGACAGAAAAGGCUCCGCAUACGGAUGUAGGAAUUACCCAAUUGUCAAUGUUUGCCAAAUUCAGCAUUUAUUUGUGUCCAUGUGAAAGAAAAGUUUGAAACUUGACUGCUCUGGUGCUAAUGUAGAAGUGAGAAACAGAUUUUCUAUUCAUGGAAAAAUUGUGUUUUCCUUUGGACAAACAGUAGUUGUUAAAGAAAUUGUGCAAAAUGUGAUACGCUGCAAUACAUAUUAUACAUAUAUUGUGUUUGUCUCUAGAAACAUAGGUGAUUUCACAGUAGAUGAGACAUAGAUCAACAGCAUGCUCUUACAGUUUAUUUUAUUUAGAAAACUAACAUGUUUAGUGUUCGUCGUGUUUUUGGUGUUGUGUUUUGCAACAUGAAGAUAUAACCUUUUAUAUGCGUUUAGUGUUUUUCAUCCUAUGUUGCAGACCUUUUUAAAAGUUUGUAAAAAGCAAAGGCUUGUUCUUGUUAUUGAAACAUUUCAUCUCGAUGAGUAUUAUUUAUACAGUUUUACUGUACAUUUUUAAAUAAACAUUUGAAGUAAAAUGUGA